AUGGACGGCCUGGGCAUCACCUUCGCACGCGCAUGGGCGGCGAAGGCGAAGGCCUCGAUACCGAAGCAAGUACCGUCGCAGCAGCAGAGCUCGUCACCACCAUCGAGCGAACUGCCUCAGAGCCACACGUCCUUGCGCCCGCGUUCAUCCACUCAGACUUCCAACGACAGCUACAUGGAGAAAAGGCUCUCCGAGUUCCAGGACUGGAAGCAAAAGAUCACGAAAGACUUCUCGGGUAGGAAGUCUACAAAGCCAAGCUUGAAGGAGGAGCCGGAGCCUAUUACACCUACCGAGUCGCACGUCAAGUACACCUCGUCCGAUCCGACCCAGCAGUUUCCUCCAGCCGCUGAGUCGCACGGCAUUGAGAACAACGCAUCAGAUCCGAGCUGUCAGCCGCAGACGCAGGUGCUCACCCCGCGGCAAAGCUCGUUGCAGAGCCUGCCGCCACAGAGCCCGCCGCCGCAGAGCCCACAGCAGCAGAGUCCACAGCAAAGGAGCCCGCAGCAACAGAGCCCGCAGUCGAAACGGUCUCCCCAGACUCCGCCGGCGGUUCGCGAGAAAGCCCGCAUCCUGGCUCUGCGCGCGCGCGCGCUGCCCAAGCCAGAUAUCAGGACCCACCCCGCCUUCCAACUCCAGCACGUGCGCGUGCGCAAGAAGACAUACACAACGAAGUCUGACCUCAAGUGCUGGCGCCCGACACACGAAUCCUCGGACGACCAAAUGUGGGGAUGCUGCGAGAAGAUGGGAGUGGAAAACAUCUGUGAAGAUUGCGGCUACGUCCUAUGCACGAUCUGCGGUAGUAGGUGCAGAGGCGAGGAGUGGUGUGUGAUCCAAGGCUGCAUGCGCUGUCAGACCAGACUGGGGGUCAACAUCUGCACACCCCACCUAAGAGAGCUGAGGGCCAGGUCCAUGGAGCGCUUCCAUGGUCACUUGGUUGAGCCGAGCGCGCUGUUCUUGAUCGAAAAGCUCUGA